AUGACGAAAUUCUCAACACGCUGUGUAAUAAUUGGCCUAAUUUGCCUAGCCUUCAUCUGUCUACAGUACAACUUCCUGUUCCGCGUCUAUUUUCCGCAUCGCGUCCGCACCUUCCGCAAGCCGCAUCCUGACGCAUUGAUAAUUGGAGUGCGGAAAGGCGGAACGCGCGCGCUUCUGGAAGCGCUGAACCUACAUGAAGCGGUGCGGAUCGUCCGCAAGGAGACGCAUUUUUUUGACGCGAAUUAUACGCUCGGCACCGGAUGGUAUGCGGAACAAAUGCCGCAAGUGGAUGCGGAAGAACAGGUGAGAAUUCCGCGCAGAAUGAGUAUAAACAUGAUGGGGUUUCCGCAAGCUUCCGCGUAGGCGGAAAGUUUCCGCUCACGCGGAAAAAAUCAUGUUUAGACUCAUUUUGACGCAAAUUUCACGAGGAUUUCAAAUUUUCGGGUCUCACGACGACUACAGUACUCUAAAAACCCAUUUUUUGCAGAUAAUCAUUGAAAAAACGCCGGGUUAUUUCACGUCAAAAAAUGCACCAAAACGUGUACAUCAACUCAACCCCAAAAUGAAGAUAAUUCUCAUUGUCAGACAUCCGGUUUUUAGGACAAUUAGUGAUUUUACUCAGGUACGGUAGGGAACAAUUUUCAGAGAAUUCCAGCAUUUUCACGAUUUUCAGCGUGAAAUUUGGGGCGGGAACUUUUUUUGGCUGAAAAAAUUUGAAUUUUUGAAUUUUCGCUCCAAAUUUCACGUUAAAAUGUUCCUAGACUGAAAUUUUGCGCUGAAAAUCAUGAAAUUGAUGAUUUUCAGAAAUUUUCAGCAUUUUCAUGAUUUUCAGCGUGAAAUUUGGGGCGGGAACUUUUUUGGCUGAAAAAUUUGAAUUUUUAAAUUUUCGCUCCUAAUUUCACGUUAAAAUGUUCCUAGACUAAAAUUUUUCGCUGAAAAUCAUGAAAUUAUUGAUUUUCAGAUAAUUUCAGCAUUUUCAUGAUUUUCAGCGUGAAAUUUGGAGCGGGAACUUUUUUUGGCUGAAAAAAUCUUUUUUUUUUGAUUUUGACGUCAAAUUUCACGUUAAAAUGUUCCUGGACUGAAAUUUUGCGCUGAAAAUCAUGAAAUUGAUGAUUUUCAGAGAAUUUCAGUAUUUUCAUGAUUUUCAGCGUGAAAUUUGGGGCGGGAACUUUUUUUGGCUGAAAAAAUUUGAAUUUUUGAAUUUUCGCUCCUAAUUUCACGUUAAAAUGUUGCUAGACUGAAAUUUUACGCUGAAAAUCACGAAAUUAAUGAUUUGCAGAGAAUUUCAGCAUUUUCAAGAUUUUCAGCGCGAAAUUUGGGUCAGGUACAUUUUUUUUGGCUGAAAAAAUUUGAAUUUUUGAAUUUUCGCGUCAAAUUUCACGUUAAUAUGUUCCUAGACUGAAAUUUUGCGCUGAAAAUCAUGAAAUUGAUGAUUUUCAGAAAUUUUCAGCAUUUUCAUGAUUUUCAGCACAAAAUUUGGGUCAGGAACUUUUUUUCUAUGGAAAAAUUUGAAUUUUUGAUUUUUCCGCCAAAUUUCACGUUAAAAUGUUCCUAGACUGAAAUUUUUUGCUGAAAAUCAUGAAAUUAUUGAUUUUCAGAGAAUUUCAGCAUUUUCAUGAUUUUCAGCGUGAAAUUUGGGACGGGAACUUUUUUUGGCUGAAAAAAUUUGAAUUUUUAAGUUUUUUUCUACAAAUUUCACGUUAAAAUGUUCCUAGGCUGAAAUUUUGCGCUGAAAAUCAUGAAAUUAUUGAUUUUCAGAGAAUUUCAGCAUUUCUAUGAUUUUCAGCACAAAAUUUGGGUCAGGAAUUUUUUUUUCUGAAAAAAAUUUUUUUUUUGAUUUUGACGUCAAAUUUCACGUUAAAAUGUUGCUAGACUGAAAUUUUGCGCUGAAAAUCAUGAAAUUGAUGAUUUUCAGAGAAUUUCAGCAUUUUCAUGAUUUUCAGCGUGAAAUUUGGGACGGGAACUUUUUUGGCUGAAAAAAUUUGAAUUUUUAAGUUUUUUUCUACAAAUUUCACGUUAAAAUGUUCCUAGACUGAAAUUUUUUGCUGAAAAUCAUGAAAUUAUUGAUUUUCAGAGAAUUUCAGCAUUUUCAUGAUUUUCAGCACAAAAUUUGGGUCAGGAAUUUUUUUUUCUGAAAAAAUUUGAAUUUUUGAUUUUUCCGCCAAAUUUCACGUUAAAAUGUUCCUAGACUGAAAUUUUGCACUGAAAAUCAUGAAAUUAUUGAUUUUCAGAAAAUUUCAGCAUUUUCAUGAUUUUCAGCACAAAAUUUGGGUCAGGAACUUUUUUUCUAUGGAAAAAUUUGAAUUUUUGAAUUUUCGCGCCAAAAAAAAAACUUUUUUCCAGGUUUACUACAACAAAUUGGAGCAAAACAAAACUCUGCCAAUUUUAUCGAUCGAAAGUUUCAAAAUUGAUGAAAAAUCGGGAAAAGAGGUGAUAAAUUUGGACUACAAACCGGUGUCGAAUUCACUUUAUGAUGUGCAUUUUGAAAAUUGGCUCAAAUAUUUCGACCUCAGUCAGAUGCAUAUUGUGAAUGGCGAUGUUUUUCGAGCAAAUCCGUUGAAUGAGGUGAAUUUUUGACGGAAUUUGGAGCAUUUUGAGCCCAAACAUGAUGGAAUUUUGAUUUUUGAGCAUUUUCAGGGCUCGCGGAGCAUCAAAACUCGAGUUCUAGAGAAUAUCCUGAGCUGAAACCGAGUUUUUCGAGUUUCUCAUGAAAUUCGAAGAUUUUAGACACCCCACAAGGCAUAGUUUGAUGAAAUUUUGGUUUUGGAGCAUUUUCAGGGCUCGCGGAGCAAGAUAUUAAAAGUUCUAGAAAGAAUCGUGAGCUCGGAUGGAAAUUUUCGAAUUUUUCAGGAAAUUUCGAGUUUUUAGACACCCAUAUUUAUAUGGUUUUGGAAAUUUUCAAAUUUUGUGCUCCGCGAGCCCUGAAAAUGCUCCAAAAUCAAAAUUUCAUCAAAAUGUGGCUUGUGGGGUGUCAAAAAUCUGGAAAUUUCAUGGAAAAGCUGAAAAUUUGUGUUGGAGCUCUUGAAAUGCACUAAAACUCUAGUUUUUGUGCUCCCCGAGCCCUGAAAAUGCUCAAAAAUCGAACUUUUUGAAACCUAGGCUUGUGGGGUGUCAAAAAAUGGCAGAUUUUUGCAGCUCCGCCGUCUUGAAACAUUCCUCCAAUUGCCACGUCAAAUCCAAGCUUCUCAACUCCAUUUCGACCGCAAAAAAGGUUUUUUCUGCUUCGAAAAUCUCAAAAAAUCGUCGAAAAUUCAUUGUUUGGGACAAUCGAAAGGUCGAAAACAUCGAGAAGUUUCGGAAAAAACGCAAAAAAAAUUGGCCGAUUUUUUCCGGUUUCAUAAUUUUCAAUUUUUUCGACUUGUUAAUAGGACUUUUUCAUGGGAUUUAUAG